AUGGGCGAAAGAAAGCACAGACAUAUCACAUUUUCAGGGUGUUGGACCUGCAAGGCCCGGAAGGUUAAAUGUGACGAGAACCCACUGGGCUGCGCAAGCUGCCUACGACUCGGAAUAACCUGUGGUGGAUAUGAUAUCCAAUUGCAAUGGAUUUCCUCGGAUGCAGGUCGUCGGCCCCACAGGGAUCUUUCUGCACGGAUCGGAAGGAGGCGCAUUGGUGCAGUUUCGCACCCAGGAAAUCCCUAUCGCUCGUUGUAUGCCCCGGCAGCACUUGAAGGAUCGCUGUACUUCGAGUCCGGGCUUUUUAAUGCAGCCCCGAAUAUUGGACUGUGCAUAUUCCAUUCACUUAUGUCCACUUCCGCCUUCCAUCUACAUCAGUGCUAUGAGUCCAACUCUGAGUAUCAUCACGUGGGCAUCACCCACCGGCAACUUGCACUAGAGUCCCUGCAAAUGGUUUUGAUGCACGAGGUACCGCUAUUUGAUUAUAAGACUCUUUUGGUCGCACUUCUUUCUAUGAUCACAAUUGGAGUGGUGGAAGGAAGCAUCAUCGACUUCCGUGUUCACCUUCAAGGGAUAGCCAAUUUUCAAGGCCCUCGCCGCAAAUGGCAAUUUAUAAGCGGAGACACUCGUCAGCUGAAUACUCAAAGUGCAUUCUUGAAUCUUCUUGCCCGCACUACCUCUCGUUGUACUCCAUCGCCUUGGGUUGCAAGCAGAGAGUUGCCGCAUAGGGGACAUGAUAGUCUGACUACAAAUGAUAAUCGCUCCUAUUGCUAUGAGUUCACUUACGGGAUCACAGCUGAUAUUGCAGCCGCCAUCCAGGAAAUAACUGAUCUCUACGAAUGUCUAGAAUACUAUCGCCAAGCACAAGGGCCCAUUCCGGAUGAUUUCCUCGAGGCUUGUGAAGAUCUUGGCGAUCGCCUGCUUUCCUGGACCUUGACCUCCGAUAAGGUUCCCUCGUUCAAUGACAGGGGCACGGAUGAAUUUGAUAUCUUCAAACAUCAUUCUCAUGCAUGGCAUGGUGCCGCUCUUAUAUUCUACCUAAAUUGUAUCCAAGGGGUCAAAGCCCAUGAUUUAGUAGAAGGGGUUGCCACAGUUGCCUCUCAUAUGCUCGCUGUUGAAGAAAUCAAAUCGAAGCAUGUCGCCAACCAGAUGGCCCCAAUCAGUUGGCCGGCCUUUAUAGCAUCAUGUUGUGCCCUAGAUCGAGAGCCUUGGGAAACAUGGUGGUUGGAUGUGCAAAAGUACGGUAUUGGGAGUAUCCGAAGACAAUAUAGUAUUGUGCAGGAAAUAUGGGCUGAAAUGGACACGCAUCCAUCUGAGGGGUGGUUGCAGAUUCUUCACCGACGAAACAUACAGGUUCUAGCCGCUUGA